GUCAAUAGUGACAUUUUAAGAAAUGAAGUUGUUUUCCAAUUCCAGUUUCUAUCUAAAAUGUAAACAGCUUUAAAGUUUGCAAUUUGAAAAUAACUCAGUGCCAUAAUAAAACUUUAUAAUUGCGUAGAUAUGGAGGAAGGGAAUUCAAUAAUUUACGGCUUAGAACAUCAGACCAGAGCCUUGUCACCUCAAUAUGAGAGUGAUGCUAUUAGAUUCCUCAUUGGCACUCAGAGUUUGAAGCCACAAUCGAACCAAGUCCAUGUUGUGGAACUAGAAGAAGAUACUGGAGCUCUGCAUACCAAGGUAUAUAAGCAUAAUAUAGGUGAAAUAUGGCAUCUGCGAUGUUCUCCCCAUGAUGCGGCCACGCUAAUGACGACCCACAAUUCCUAUGACCCAGACACAUCUCAAUGCACCAUGGGCGUGUCUAUAUUUAAGCUACCCACGUUAGAUGUAAUACCAAAAGACGUUGAUGAUCUCAGUGCUAUUCAAGGACGAAAUGCGGAAGAUAUGGAACAUCUGAUCACCAUAACCCCAGAGAAACCCGAAGAGGAAGUCCGCUGCGCAGAAUGGCACCCCACAGACGCGAACCGCGUAGGCAUAGUCCUGGACGGUAGUGUGAGUGUGCGUGACGUCACCACCGGAAGUGUCGUCACGAGCUUCGUGCCGGAAGGCCGGGCGAGGCUCAAGUUCACCGGCGGGAAGUGGAGUCCGCAAGCACAGCACCAGUUUGCAGUGCUGCAAGACACGCAUAUAAAAUGUUUCGACUCACGGACAGACUGCAAACCGGCGUGGAGCAUAGACAACGCGCAUAGACAACUGGCCAGAGACCUCGAUUUUAAUCCUAAUAGGCAAUUUCAUGUGGCAAGUGCAGGAGACGACGCGGCGUUGAAUAUUUGGGACUACAGGAAUGGGAAGGAACCGAUUUUCAGCAGGACUGACCAUUCACACUGGGUGUGGACAGUGAGAUAUAACACCUACCAUGAGCAACUGUUGGUGACUGGCAGCUCCGAUGGGAGAGCCCUCCUCACAGCAGCGGCGAGUAUAUGCGAUUCGGAUGAUGAAAAGAAACUGAGUCAAGUAUUGGAAGAUGGUGUUCUACAAUCGUAUGAACAGCAUGAGGAUUCGGUUUAUUGCGUAGAAUGGAGCACAGCUGAGCCCUGGACCUUCGCCUCGCUCAGCUAUGACGCUAGACUCGUGUUGUCUAGGGUGCCGAGACAUUUUAAAUAUAAAAUUCUUUUAUAGUCUGUGUAAUACACACAUUCCUGUUUAUUGUGAUUUCACAUGUAUUAUUUAUGAUUUUAAGAAAUAUAAACCCAUUACUUUAUCUAA